UAGUUGAUGGGCUUUAGGUUUCUUAUUAUUAUUGGCCCGCAGCUCAAGCCCAAGCCCCGCGGCCUGUAAGACUGCUACAAAAGAAAGAGUGAUCACUGAUCAGUAUUCAGUUCCAGUUCCGAUCGAGGAAUAGGCCAAAAAAAAAAAAACUGGUGUGCGCCGGGAAGGAGAGAUAUGGAGGACGCAAAUCAACCCGCUGCCGCCGCCGGCGGCGGCGAUGAAAUCCGUUGGGUUUGGUGGGGUGCAGGAAGCGCCAUGCUAACGGCAUGCGGCAUUACGUCGCUCCGGAGAGGCUACGACGGAUCCUGUGGUCUGAUGCCGCUUAAAGCCUUCGCGGUCGCCUCCCUUUUCGUCGGCUCCGCAGCCGCAGCCUCCGUUUCCGCCCUUCACGCUUCCGGCAUCCACAAGGUCGAGGACUUCGUUCAGGCAGGUGCGAAUUUGAGGGCUCGACUUGGGAUUCCUUCAAGACCACACCACCACAAAAGGAAAUGAAUGAUUCAGCGAUUGUGUUCGUAGCCUGUGUUUGAAUUGAACACCGAGCUUCUGUCUCGCCAUAAUCGACGAAGAAGCAGCGAAGCGCGGCAGUGAGUAGUGCUCUCAAAUUGAGUUGAAGCUGCAGCAGCAGCAGCAAUUGCCUCUGCAUUUUUUUAUUUCCUAGGGCAUUUGUAACAACAGUAUGUUGAGAAAUGAGAACAACAAACAAAACAAACACAGGAUGUAAGCGCCUGUUGAUGAUUUGAUGAAGCCAUUCCAUGAUCAGUGAUAUUGUGAUUGCUUUAGGAUUUGCAACUGCGGCGGGUUCGUCGUCGACGAUGGAUUCAGAUUGAGAUUUGCAAAACGUGUGUGAUUUUUUGAUCAAGUAUGUAUUACUUCCACUGCUUGUACAGAUAAAGAAUUACACCAAUCUCCAACUACUUGAGUCCGUAAAAUUGUUUACCAAAAAAUUAAGAAAAAGAAUUGCUAAUU